AUGCCUAAAAAGCUCAGCAAAGGUUCAACCUCAACGGAGCAAUCCAGCAUCACCGCUCCAACAAGCUUCGAUGACGGAGCUCUUCCCAAACUUAUCGUAUUCGAUCUCGACUACACAUUGUGGCCUUUCUGGGUCGAUACACACGUUACCCCUCCCCUCAAAGCUUCCGCUGCACAUGACUCUGUGAAGGAUAGGAUAGGCGAGAACUUUGCUUUUUACAAUGAAGUUCCAUCGAUACUGUAUUCGCUGCGGGAAAGGGGCAUUCAAGUGGGAGCUGCCUCGAGGACGUCAGCGCCGGACUUAGGUCGCGAGAUGCUGAAGCUUUUGCAUAUUCCAGAUCCAGAGGGCAAGAAAAAGAAGGCUAUUGAAUUCUUCGACUACAUGGAAAUAUAUCCCGGGAGCAAGAUCACGCAUUUCAACAAGCUACAAAAAUCAACGGGGUUGAAAUUUGAAGAGAUGCUGUUUUUCGACGAUGAAUCUAGAAAUCGAAAUGUGGAGAGUCUGGGAGUCACGAUGUAUCUGGUUAGAGAUGGUGUGAAUAAGCAAGAGAUCAACAAUGGAAUUAAAGAGUGGCGCAAAAGGCACGGGCAUGAUGCCAAAAAGACUGAAGAAACUUGA